GAUAAGGUCCUUUGUGGUCUUUGAACUUCAUGUUCUCAAAUACAAAGUACCAUAGUUCAUAGAAUCGCCUGCUACCAGUUGAAUAUCAAGUAUGACCAAAGUAAUAUGACCUUCAGAGAAUAAAAAUGGCUACAUGUAAUGCUCCUCAAGACAAGUACAAUGCUGUGUGGCUGAUAUUCUUCAUUCUUGGUUUGGGAACUCUCCUGCCAUGGAACUUCUUUAUGACUGCAACCAUGUACUUUAGAAGCCGUUUGCGAGACCCUUCGGCAGAGGUUGCAAGUCAAAUGAUGAGCAAUGGAACCACUGUAGGUGUGGACACUCAAAGUGUACUGGAAUCAAAGUUCAACAAUGUGAUGACACUCUGCGCUAUGGUUCCCCUGCUGGUCUUCACUUGCCUUAACUCCAUUCUACACCAACGCAUUCCCCAGAAGGUGCGGAUCACAGGCAGCCUGACAGCAAUCCUGGGGGUUUUUCUAAUGACAGCUAUAAUAGUGAAAGUGGAACUUGAGCCCCUACCUUUCUUUGUGAUCACCAUGAUCAAGAUUGUUUGCAUUAACUCAUUUGGAGCCGUACUGCAGGGCAGCCUCUUCGGCAUGGCGGGCUUGCUUCCUACAUCCUACACUGCUCCCAUCAUGAGCGGUCAAGGCCUUGCUGGCACUUUUGCAGCCUUCUCCAUGAUCUGUGCUCUUGCAAGUGGCUCAGAACUGCAGGACAGCAGUUUUGGGUACUUUAUCACAGCCUGCCUUGUCAUCCUUCUGGCCAUUGCAUCUUACCUAACCCUACCCAAGAUGGAGUUUUUCCAGUAUUAUCAGAAGAAUAAAGCAAAAUCUACCUAUCACGAUGACAAUAAAAUGGAACUAAUGAAGAAAGAUUCUCCAGAGAGUCCAGUGACCCUCAGUCCUACAGACAAAGACUCCACUCCCAAAGUGUCCCUGCUCACCAUCUUCAGGAAGAUCUGGUUGACAGCUUUCUCUGUGUGCUUUGCCUUCACUGUCACCAUUGGCAUUUUCCCCGCACUGACUGCAGAUGUGAAGUCAACAAUUGCGAAUGGUAGUGCUUGGGAUAUAUAUUUCAUUCCUGUUUCAUGUUUUCUGCUUUUCAAUAUAAUGGACUGGGCUGGAAGAAGCUUGACUGCUGUGUGUCUAUGGCCAGGGAAGAACAGCAAACUUCUGCCAUUACUUCUGUUGGCACGCAUGCUUUUUGUUCCACUCUUCAUGCUCUGCAACGUUCAGCCCAGGAGCAACUUGCCCGUUUUCUUUUCACACGACGCCUGGUUCAUCUUCUUCAUGAUCCUCUUCGCCUUCUCAAACGGUUACCUGGCCAGCCUUUGCAUGUGCUUCGGGCCCAAGAAAGUGGAAGCCCAUGAAGCAGAAACAGCUGGAGCCAUCAUGGCCUUCUUCCUGUCUUUGGGUUUGGCCUUGGGAGCUUCAAUAUCCUUUGUUUUCCGAGGGCUCAUUUAGAACGUCUCCCACAUUGUUACUUCAUGUGACCCAAAGGCAGUCCUUAUGUUUUUCACCCCAGGUCAGAUAAGACUCUUUGAAUUCAUAUUUUAGUUGUUUUUUGAAUAGUGGUGUGAAUUUUGCAGCAGACAAGGUCACUUGAGUAGUUCGAUGUAAAAUUAUGUGCAGGUAGUGUUUCAAAGGCAAAGGUCUUUUAGAUGUAUGAGCAGGUUCCAACAUCUCAUACUUGAAUAUGCCAAAGCUUCCAUCCAACAUUUUUGCUCUUUAAGUCAGUCAAUAUAAGCUCAAUAAGGCACAUGUUCCUCACUUUACUUGUGGGCCGUAACUGUCAUUACUACAAAAUAAAGACAGAAAUAAAUAUUUUAUUACCUUGGAGCUACAGUAAAUUAAA